AGAUUGCUAUCUUUCCUCUAUAUUUAGAUAAGAAAUAGCAAUAGACAUUUAAAGUGAUGCUAUUAUAGGGGAAUAGAUGGGAGCACACUCCAUCUCUAUUCUAGAGGAAAAAAAUAGCAAUAUACAUUGGAGAUGGUCUAACUUAGAGCACCCCCAUUGAGGGUUCAUGGGGGGAGUUCAUACAAAAACCAAGACAAAAAAAUAAUAAAAUAAUUCAAUCCCAUGAACCCUCUCUCUCCUAAAGUUCUCUUGGUUGAACCCCUCACUCCUAAAGUUCAUCACUGUAGCGCGGGCCCCAUGUGUCGUGGCGGCCCGCGAUUGGUCUAACUUUUUUUUUUUUUUUUUUUUUUAAAAAAAAAAACAAAAAGAAAAAAAUACAAAUUUUAAUAAUAAAAAACUAAAAAGAUGAACCCCAAGAGGGGGUUCAUUGAUGUGGAUGCUCUUAGUAGAUGUCAGUCCUCUUGGAUGGUAACGUUUAAAUCAUGAUUCAAAAAUACUAAAUGAUUUUCUAACAAAGCAAUUAGAAUUUCCAGAAAGUACAGUUGACAAUUUGUAGUUAUAAAAAAUAAUACAAGGUUUUUCUUCGUAUGUUUAAUUAUAAUUGGCAGCUUUAUUCUGAUGUUUUAAUUCUCCAUAUAUAUAGAAUUUAUUUAGUAGAUUGUGGGGUUUGUUAAUCGUUAGAAGUUAGCUACAAUCAGAAGUACCCGUAUUAUCUACAAGAGCUUAUGGGGUGAAUGACAUGAUGUCAAACGAGUUAAUCUAUAUGGGGCAUGCAUAUUCUGUAUAUUGAAAUCUCAUUUUCUAAUUUUGAUAUAUGAGGCUCCUCUCUCAUUUAAGACGUAAACAUAAUUAGUUUUAACUUUUAUUGGAUCACAUAACUUUCUGUGUCAAAAGUGUUGAGCAUAUGCUUUUCUGAAGAAGUGAUUCACGGAGACAAUAAAGAAGCUAACAAUUUUUAAGAUAAUGGAGACGUAGGCACUCUUGAAUCUCAAUAACAGUGAGUACAUUACUAACUAGACAAAUGUAGUGGGAACUGGAAGUCAAAGAUGAUAGCGAGGCUCUUUAGAUUUUUCUCCUAAAUGGCUUGUUAGUUUUAGGGAUUUCAUGAACUUAAUGUAAAACUCAUGGUAUAUCAGGAUGGCUUGUAAUAUUAAAAUCUAAAGUAAUUAAAUAGAAGGGAAAAUUGGAAAAAUAGGACAUUCUCAACUUAGGUUUGUCUCAAUAAGAUUUUCAGAAGAUUAUUUAGGAAAAUAGGAUUUAGAUUUUAGUUAAUACUAUUAUACCCUUCAAAUUAACCAAUUAAUAUGAAUUAAUAAUAAUUGAUUUAAUAUUAAAAAAGGUAAAAACAUAAGGAAAAAGAUAUAUAAAUACACGAUAAAAUAAAAAAAAGGUAAAGACAUCGGGUUAACCUAUCUCUUCUUCUCCGCCGAUCUCCUUCUUCCUCUUCAAUGGCGAUUUCGAGUUCUUCUUCUUCUCCACACGGUUAAGUGAGAAGCUUCACUAAUGUAUUGUGAGACAGGAAGAAGAAGGAACAAGAGCCUCCACUAAUGUGACUUUGAGUCUCAAUUACUGCGUACAUCUUUAUCUAGAUGCUGUCUCGGCCAUUAUUGGUCUUCACAAUUGGUGAGGCUCUCACAGACUAGUCAGAGUUAAAGUAAGAAGCCCCAGGUGGUACUGUCUCUCAUGCAUCUUCAGAAUCACAGUAUGAGCUACAAACGUCUCAGUCUCUAUCAAGGGAGACAGAUCAAGAAUGUUUUUGUAAAAGAUUUGAGAAUGUUUAAGUAUGUUGUUAGUUUUUGCAAAAGAAUAUUUAACUACUCUUUGUAGUUUUUGGUCAGAAUCACUACACCCUAAACAAACCCCCAAACCCAUAGUCGUAUGCAAUAAACCAUUAACAAACCCUAAAGAAACCCUAAAUAAAUUCUUAAACCUUAAACAAACUAUAAACAAACCGUAAACCCUAAACAAAUCCCUAAAUAACAUUAUAUUUGAUAUUGUCAUUAAGAGGGGGUUCACUUAGAGGAUGCCAAGACAGAAAACACACAAAAAAUAAUACACUUAGAAUUUGAUUACUUCAAAUACUCUUAAUUUUAUCUGCUUUAUCAACUUGGAAAGUAGAUGGCGAAAAGACAACUCUUUCAAAUUCAAAUACUUUUGGUUUUAACUGCUUUUAUCUCUUUUGAUCUCAUUGAAGCAUGUCUUAGUCAUUGCAAGUUCAUUUAGAGAAAAACGUGGAAGAAAAUAUUCUUUGCGAGAUUUAGGGUAAAUUUAGUUUAGAUUUAGGAAACAUCUUUAAUUGAUUAUGGAAGUUUCCAUAUUUUACAGAUUUAUCUAGAGUAUGUAUACUACCUACGAAGAACACAAUAGAGUAGGUGGGAAACAUAUUCUUCCUAUAGGCGUCAUAUAACGUAAAAGGCAGAAUAUGUUAGGGCACGUAAUCUAGCCAAGUUAUAUCGUUGAGUUGUGGCUAUAUGUUGUUAUCAAGCUGUAGGUAGACUGAAGACAUCUUUCUUGAUUAUAACGUAACAAAUUCUAGACUUGUUAGAAAAUACAAGAAAGGUUAUUUUACGUUGUAUACCCAAGAUAUAUCUAUGUAUAAAACUUAGUAUCUGAUUUCUAGACUAAGUAGAUGACCAGAAUGAGUAUUCUAACUGUAGUUAGAAGAUAAAAUAAAAUAUGAUUCCAAUUUUAAAAAAAAAACUUUUAAACAUAUAUAUUGUCAUACUUAUGUUUCCAAUAAUUAUCAUAUUUUUUAAUAUUUUUAAAAUUCAGUUUACUAUUUUUCCCAUAAAAGAAGGGUAAAAUAUGUCCAGAAUUGCCUAAAAUAUCAGAAGUCCUAUUGUGACAAAUAAAAGUUCAAAGUGUCUCAUUUUUCCAAUUUUCCCUAAAUAGAACCUAGAUUUUUUAGAUUCAUAAACUUAAUGUCAAACUGAUAAUGUCAGACUCAUGGUAUUCACGAUUUCUACACCAAGAUGGCUUGUAAUAAGAGGACUUGUAAUAUUAGGAUCUAAAGUAAUUAACUAGAACCGAGGAUCAUAGGACAAUCAAGAGACAUGAGAGUGUAAUUACGAUUAACGGAACCUGAAUUCUGUUGGACUAAAUACAUGUGGAUCGAACCUGAUGAAUCAUGCUAUUUUUGAGUGCCACCUGCUGUGUAGGCAUGAGCAUUAUCAAAAACACAUUCGCAUCUGAAUAUUUUCCUAGUCUAAGUGUCUAUGCCAAUAUUUACUAUUUUUUUGCUGGCGAAAAAUUAGUAUUGAAGACCCUGACAUUGAUGGAAAUCCUUAUCUUUGGGUAAAAUAUGGUACUUAUGGAAAGCCAGAAAUGAUAAGUUAUUCAGAAGAAUCGACAGAUAUCCACAUAACUUAUCAGACAUGCGGAAAAAGAAUGCUUAGCAUGGUGUGAGGCAAAUUCAUCAGUUUCAGUUUCUGAACAAAUCCCAUAUACUAUUUAUUCACAAGUCAUAUGCUUACAUAAUAUAUGUCUGGUGGAUGGUUUUUGGAACCCUACAUCGCAAUUAGUUGUUGAUGGGUCUUGAAGGAUACAUCCGGAAAAAUCCAACUUAUGGGUACCAUAAAUCAAAGAACGAGAGAAUCAACGUUGCAUUCAGAGCUAGAAACUCUAAGCUGUGCAAUGUAAAACAUGCUUUGUCACUCUCUGCCUACCAGGUUUUGAACCAUAUUGAAAACAUUGUUAACAAAGAUUGGGAAGCGUCUAGUGUGGCCAAAUUUUUCUACGGAGCUAAAAGAGAUAACAGUUUUGCAAAGGAUAUUUCAUCAUUUCAAGCUUAUCUAUAUUCAUUGAUCUCAUAAUGUAAUUGUGGAUUCUUUAGCUAGAAUUGCAAGAUUAUCCCAUAAGAAACUGUUAUUUGUUGGUUUCUAUUCCGAUAUAGUUACAUGUGUCACUUCAAAGUUUGAGUAAUAGAGUGGUCUUUCGUUGUCAAAAAGAAAACUUUUGCCAACAGGUUUAAAAUACAAAAUUUAAUUAAUUUUAAAAAAUUUGAAUUUCUGGUUUGUUUAAAAUUACAGUAACCUUCAUUUUUAAGUUUUUAAUUUAUUUGAAUUAUUAUUUUUUAUUUGAAUUCUUUUUAUUAUAGUUGAUUUUAAAUUAUUUUAAUUUUAUUUUACUAAUUUUGUUGAUUAAUUACUAAUAAUUUUGUAAAAGUAAAUCAUUCUUUUUUACCAGGAAAUGAACAUAAUCGAUCAUACUAUUGAUGUGAUGAAUAAACAACUUAGUUUCAAGGUUUAAUCUGUUACUAAAAUUAGUUUUACUGUUUGAAGUUUUAAAUGUCCAAAUGAAAUGUUUAAAGUGCUAAUUUUAACCAAAUUCAUGGUUUAAAAUGUUAUGUUCCCUUCUUCAUCUAUACUAAUUUUCCAAACUUUGUAUAUGAUCCAAAAACUCAUUGCUUUAAAGUUACAAAAGGUCAUUGCUUUGUAUUUUUUUCAUGCAUUUGAAUAAAUAACCUUUAUCAAAAAGAUGGUACAUAAAAGUAUUUUAUAACUUUUACUAGACAUGCUUUGGUAUGAAGAUACAAUUAUACAAUUGCAAUUUGUUCAAUAAAACCCGGGCCAUAUCUGAAACCCGUCAACACCUGAAAGUCCCACAUGCACAAUUAUGAGAAUUUGAUUCUGUAAGUUAAUACUAGGCGACACCAUUAGACAGUAUAUAACUGAUUAAGCAUAAUAAUCCGGAUUAACGAGGUGUAGCUCCAUUUUUCAAAAGAUUACGAGACUUUUCUUCAUGGGAAACUGCAUAUAUUUCAGAUUACUAAGUAUAUUUACAAAUGUGAAAUGUGAGCCAGAGUGGAGACACGUGCAUUCGUUCAAACGUGCGCCUUACGUAAAGAUAGGUCAUAGGUUGGUGCUUGGGGACUUGAUCUACGGCAUGAUUAACCCGGUCUCUUAGCCGGAUUUCUUAACUCAUGAUUUGAUAUUUUUUUGUUUUUCUUUUUACACUUUUCGACUAAAAGACAACUCUUAUAUUUCUUAUUUAAGAGACGGUUCUUAACUUUUCUUAGUUCAAAUCUAAAAAAAAUUAAGAGAUAUCUCUUAUCCGAAAUUAAGAACUCCAAUUAAGAGAUUGGAGUUAAUGAUGGUCUUCUCUCACGCUCACACAAAUCACUUUAGUCCCGUACAAACAAAAAGCAUAUUUUGUUAGCUUACCAUAUCUUCCGUAUCAUUUCACACGUUUUCCUAAAAUGUAUUCCCUCAGCUUCCUCCAUUCAUAAAAUAGGAUUUUUAGAUUUUUAUUUUGUUUCAAUUUUAUUUACAUUUUUGUAUAUAUUUUUAAGAACAUUAAUUGAAAAUAUUUAAAUUAAUUGAAUACUAUUGGUUAAUAUUUAUUAAAAACACAUGAUAAAAAAACUAAUUAUAAAUAUUUAUUAUAUUUUUAAUAUGUGUGAAUAAUAUAUAAAAAAAUUAGUUGAGAAGAAGGCAAAGAGUAACUAACUUUUAGUAUAAUCUAGUUACACAAAUAAAAUAGUGUUUCCGGCUUCAGCCUUUUUAUCGUUGAAAUAUUUUAAUAAACAUUGAACGUUCUUCACAAGCUAUGUGAUUGUACAUAUUUAUUUAUAUGAUUUUGUCUGAAAAUUAAGAUUUGAAUAUACAUAACUAUUAUUUUUCUAACGAUUCAUUAGUAAGAGCUUAUUAGUCGACAUGUGGUCAGUGUCAUGUGUUAAAGUUGAGAGAUUCAAAAUUUUAAAAUAAUAGUUAAUAAUCACUAUAUAAGAAGGCCAAGCCAUGUUUGGAUAUUGCCAUUGACGUGACUCAAAUCAGAGAGUUACGGCACAGCCAAAUAUCAAAUUGGCUGAAAACGCCAUACAAAUAGAAGGUUUGUUUGUUUUUUUACUCACAUAAAUUAGCACUAUAUCAAUAUUUAUGGCAUUCCCUAUUAUGCUGAGCGGUUUCACUAACUACCAACUUGUACGUACAACUCAAUAAUAUUGUGAGCCGAGUGUGCAACUUUUUGGUUUCAGGUGAGCUAAGCUAAGAGAACCAAAUAUGAGUUUGUGCUCUGAUCUCUGCGACAAAUUAGACGAGAAUGUUUUGGAAGAGUUGGCGUCCAAUGUGAAGCAAGUACAAGACAAUGUAUUGGAGGAGAUACUCACACUUAAUGCUGGAACUGAGUAUCUUAGGCGUUUUCUCCAUGGGAGUUCUGAUAAGGAGCUUUUUAAAAAAAACGUUCCCGUGACGACAUACGAAGAUGUAAAGCUUUAUAUCGACCGUGUUGCAAAUGGAGAGCCCUUUGAUGUUAUUUCUGGGAAACCCAUUACCGGUUUCCUACUAAGUUCCGGAACUUCUGGAGGAAAACGGAAGAUGUUUCCUCGUAACAACAAAUACUUGGAAAACUUGAAAUUCAUCUAUUUUUACCGCUCGCUCGUUAUAACCAAGCAUAUCGAUGGUCUUGAGCAUGGAAAGGGAAUGGUGUUUAACUUUUGUACACCAGAGCAGAAUACUCCCUCUGGUUUGCCAGCUUCGUCUGCGACGACGAGCUUCUUCAAGAGUGAUUACUUCAAGAACCGACCAUCAUAUUGGCAUUGGUCAUUCACAAGUCCUGACGAAGUCAUAUUGUGUUCAGACAACAAACAGAGUUUGUAUUGUCAUCUCCUGUGUGGUAUAGUUCAAAGAGACGAGGUUGUGAAGGUUGGUGCCGCCUUUGUUUCUAUCUUGGUCCGUGCAAUUACUUUUCUUGAAAAAUUUUGGAAAGAAAUUUGCACUAAUAUCCGUUGUGGUCAUCUUAGCGAAUGGAUCACUGAUAUUAGCUGUAGGGAUUCUGUAUCAAAGAUCCUUGGAGAACCUAAUCCUGAAUUGGCUGAUCUCAUCGAAAAUGAAUGCAACCAAAAAUCAUGGGAAGGUAUAAUUCCAAGACUUUGGCCUAAAACCAAAUUCAUCGAAAGCAUUGCGACAGGCCAAAUGGCUCAGCACAUCCCAACAUUAAAGUUUUACUCUAACAAUCUGCCUUUGAUUUCUUCAAGUUAUGUUUCUUCGGAAACUAUGUUUGGGAUUAACAUGAAUCCUUUGUGCAAACCACAAGACGUGUCAUACACAUUUAUGCCUAACUUCUCAUAUUUCGAGUUCUUACUUGUUGACGCGGGUGACAAAGUAGAAAUUGUUGAUCUUGUGGAUGUCAAGUUAGGGAGCCAUUACGAGCCGUUGGUCACAAAUCAUUCUGGCCUACACAGACAUAAGAUGGGUGAUGUUUUACAAGUGACUGGAUUUUACAAUAGUGCACCUCAGUUUAGGUUUGUGCGGAGAGGAAAUUUGGUUCUGAGCGUUCAUUUGGAGAUAACUACAGAUGAAGAUCUUUUAAAUGCGGUGACACAUGCAAAGAUGGUUCUUGAAUCAUCAAAUUUGAUGUUGAUUGACUUUACAAGCUAUGCUGAUGUAUCUACUACUCCCGGUCAUUAUGUUCUGUACUGGGAACUCAAAGGAAAAUACAACAAUGACAUUGCUGAAAUUGAUAACAAGGUUUUAGUAGAAUGUUGUUACGUGGUGGAAGAGUCCUUGAACAAUUUUUACAAAGAAUUUAGGAGCAAAGACGGAUCAAUUGGAGCUCUAGAGAUAAGGGUGGUGCAACAAGGAACUUUCGAUUCUCUUAUGGAGUUUUUCAUUACCCAAGGUGCUUCUUCAACUCAAUACAAGACACCCAUUUGCAUCAAAUCUUCCGAGGCAUUAGCGAUCUUAGAAGAAAAAGUUCGAUCUAGGUUCUUUACCGAUAAGGUUCCCUUUCUUUAGACUUUUCGUCAUGAUUUUUAUCAUUUUGCAUGCGUUGAAAUAAAGUUUGUGGAAAAUACCAUGAGAGGAGACAAAACUCAUGCUUUUCAAUCUUAUUUUGAAGUAUACUUUUCAUAUAACUAGUAUUUUAUUAAUAAAACCCGAUCACAAUGACUGAUGUCAUAUAGUUUUUCAUAGAGAUUACACAAAGUGCAAAACUUUAAGAAACACAAAAGAGAAAAAGAUAUAAAAUGUAGCGCUUUGAUAUAUAUUCCAUUUUGAAAGAUUAAAUUUGCCACACACACACUUCUGUUAUUGAGCAUGAAGAAAAUGGAGUGAGUGAGUGAGUGAAAACAAUAUCGAAAAUAUCCUGACAUCACACGAGAUGUUGAAAUAGAAUGCGUGUGCUCAUCAUGUUUCAAUGUAUUUUCAAGAAUUUACUUAAGACAACCAAAAAUCACCUAGACAUAUAAUUUAAGAAAUAAUUUUUCAAAUUUUGCUUGUCAUCUCUACAAUCACCGUCACUAAGGCUAUGUACAAUAGUUGUAUAAAUUCAACAUUCUAAUUUACAUUUUUUCACAAUCCACAUCAUCUUCUCUUUCUUCCACCUAUUAAUUCAACACAUAUACAAAUUUUGUCUCUACAAUGGUUUUGUUUAAGAAAAUUCAACACUACAACCUAUAUUCUUAUUUAUGUAACUUAAUAGCUAUAUAUUAAUUCAAAAUGGACUGUAAUUAAAGUAAAUAUUUUAAAAUGACAUAGUUUUAAUAAUUUUUAUUUUAUAUUUUUAUUCUUUACUAUUUUCAGAAAAUAAUAUUUACAUAAUAUUUUUUAAACAAAUAUGAAAUGACAUAAUUAAGUUCAUAAUUAAUAUUAGUAAAAUAGAAAUUAUAGGAAAAAAUUGACAUUUUUAAUAUUCUAUAUCCAAAUGAAAUGAAACUAGUAUUUAUUUAUAGAUCAUUAAAAAUACUAAGUGUUAGUAUCAUUUUUAUUUUAAAUUAUUUUAUUAUAAAUCAAUUAAGUUUAAAUUAUUGGGUGAAAAUAAAGAGGAACAAAAACUAGAUAACCAAUGAUAAUAUUAUUUUUAUGUUUUAAAAUACUUAUGAGUGGAUAAGACGUAAUAUGUGAUAUAUAAAUAAAUAUAUAUUUUUGGGUUGCUAUAACAUGAUUUUUCUUUGGGAAACUGCCAUAAAUACAAUAUUCAUAGUAUUACUUUUCAUAUUUACAUUAACCACUUUUAUCCUUACUUUUAACGAAGGAUAAAAUAUAUUUAUAUCUAUAGGAUUAACUAAUAUAGACUUAUGGUUUAGAGUUGAGGGUGAGAUAGGGUUUUUGGAAUGUGAAAUUCAGGAUUCUAAUAAAUAUAUAAAUAAAUAUUAAAAAAUAUUAAAAAAUUAUAAAAUAGUUUGAAACAUAAUUUUCGAUUUUCAUUUAGAAAAAUUGUUUUAGUAAUAAAAAUUAUAUAAUUAUAAAAAUAGAAUUAAAUAAUAUUUCGAAAAUUGUAAAUGUUAUUAUAUUUUAUUUCUUUUAUUAUAUUAUUUCCUAUAUAUCAAUGAUAAUCUAUGAUUUAUUACCAUAUAAAAACUUACCAAAAAUAUAAAUCAACACUAAAUUUAAAUGUCAAUGUCAUAAUUAAUUUCAAGACAUGUCUUCAUUAUUAGUAUGCCGCGUCAUCAUUUUUUUCAAAAUUAUGGUGAUGACAAAUGAUCACUUCUCAAAUGAUGUUUAGGGACUAGGGGAUGUAUUCAACUUUUCCUAUAUCUUUUAUUUAAUAAAUUCUCUUGUAAUAAUCAAACCAAUCUAAGUUCAUAAUUUUAUAAAUAUUUUAAAAUGAUAAUGUAAAUUAUCUAACUUCACUAUCUAAUUAAUGUAUUAAUUGAUGUUCUUUAUCUUUUUAUUUAAGAGAUAUAUGUUUGGAUCUAAACCAAAAUUUUCUCUAGUAACAACCAAACCAAUCAUUAAACAAACUGGAGUUAAAAUAAAAGACUUCUCAGAGUUGUGGAUUGAAAAUAAUCUCAUUGGCACUGAAAGCAUUAGAAAUUAGAAAUAGUUAAAACUCAUAAAAUAUCAAUAAAAUAACAGUAACCAAUAAACAUCGUAUAUUAUCAAUAAUUUAGAUUUUUGAAAUUAUGGCACAUAAAACAAAAAGAGUAAACAUGUAUUGUUCAUAGAUAAUAUAAUGACAAUUAUGUAUAUAAAUAUAAUUUAAGAAAAAAUAAUUAUUAUAUUAUCGCUAUAGUUUCUUAAUAUCCCUUUAUUAAAUAUUUUGAAUAUAAUGAAAAAUCAUCAAAUAAAUCACUAAAAUUGUUUAUUAAAACUAAUGACUCAACCUAAAAU